AACACCAGUCGCCUCGCAGGGACCGAGAGCUCACGAUGGACCCGCUUGAGGAAGAGUUGCCACCACCACCUCCUCUGCCUCCCAACGUGGUGCCCAUCAGAGCCGAAGAUGCUGCGGCUGCUGAUGCCAAUGAUACCCCACCAGACAAGCCAACAAAGCCUAAGAGGCUCCUGAUGGUCAGGCCCGGAUUGGGCAAGAAAGGACUGCCCAUCCAGCUCCUUGCCAACCACUAUAAAGUCUCUGUGAAGAGUUCAGAGGAAUUUUUCCACCACUACAAUGUAAUCAUGAAGUAUGAAGAUGAUACGCUGGUUGAUGGGAAGGGGGUAGGCAGGAAGGUGAUUGACAAACUGCAGCAUACUUACCGCGCCGAGCUCUUGAACAAGGACUUUGCCUAUGAUGGUGAGAAGAGCCUCUUCACUAUCGGCGCUCUUCCGCAAGUAAACAAUGAAUUCACUGUGGUUCUGGAGGAUAUUGGGACUGGAAAGAGCGCUGCAAAUGGGAGCCCCGGAGGCAAUGACAGCAGCCCUGGAGGUGGUGACAGGAAGAGAGUGAGGAGGCCAUUCCAGACGAAGACUUUCAAAGUGGAGCUGUGCCUUGCAGGGAAAAUCCCGAUGGCCGCAAUCGGGCAAGCCAUUAGAGGACAGGAAUCAGAGAAUUCAAUGGAGGCGCUCCGAGUUCUUGAUAUCAUACUCAGGCAGCAUUCUGCAAAACAGGGCUGCCUUUUAGUUCGUCAGUCAUUUUUCCACAACAACCCUGAUAGCUUUGUUGACUUGGGCGGUGGUGUGAUGGGGUGCCGAGGAUUUCACUCGAGUUUCCGUGGUACACAGAGUGGACUCUCCCUAAACGUCGAUGUUUCGACUACAAUGAUUGUUAAACCUGGUCCUCUUAUCGACUUUCUUCUCGCAAACCAGAAAGUUGACCACCCGAACAGAAUUGACUGGCCAAAGGCUAAGCGUGCUCUCAAGAACUUGAGGAUAAAAGCAGCUCCUACAAAUUCAGAGUUAAAGAUUAUUGGUUUGAGUGACAGAAACUGCAACGAACAGACGUUCCCGCUGAGGCAGAGGAAUGGUAACAACGGGGACACUAAUACUGUUGAAAUAACAGUCUCCGAUUACUAUCGGGUGCACAGAGGCAUAGAGCUCAAGUAUUCUGAUAAUCUCCCCUGUAUCAAUGCGGGGAGGCUAAAACGUCCGACUUAUUUCCCUGUGGAGCUUUGCACGCUUGUUCCUCUGCAAAGAUACACCAAAGCUCUGUCUACUCUGCAAAGGUCCUCACUUGUCGAGAAAUCCAGACAAAAGCCUCAAGAAAGAAUGUCAACCCUUAAUGAUGCACUGAAACGUAGCAACUAUGACUCUGACUCAAUGCUGAAGGCAUGUGGCAUUUCCAUUUCACAAAAUUUUACUCAAAUUGAAGGGAGGGUCCUGCAAGCACCCAAGAUGAGAGCCGGUAACAAUGAAGAUCUCGUCCCACGCAACGGACGUUGGAAUCUUGCACACAAGAAGCUGAUUAAGACCUGUGCCAUCAGUAGAUGGUCGGUUGUUAAUUUCUCUGCACGGUGCGAUGUUCAGGGUCUUGUCCGAGACCUUAAAAGGCUUGCGAUUGGAAAGGGACUGGAAUUCGAGGACCCCCAUGCUAUAAUUGAAGAGAAUCCAUCAAAGAGACGAGCGCCCGUGUCAGUUAGAGUUGAGGAGAUGUUUGAGCAGAUAAAACAGAAGCUACCUGGAGCACCCAGGUUCCUUUUGUGCCUUCUUCCUGAGAGGAAAAACUGCGAAGUUUAUGGUUGGUUCAUGGCUUUUUUUUGUCAUUGUUUGUUACCCUUCCCUUUAAGCAUGAUUAGCUGUUGCAGAAUAUAUGAUACAUAUUUGCUUCAACCAGGUCCUUGGAAGAGGAAGUGUCUUGCCGAAUUUGGCAUUGUUACACAAUGUCUAGCUCCAGCAAGAGUCAAUGAUAAUUACCUAAACAAUGUGCUGUUGAAGAUAAAUGCUAAGCUUGGUGGUCUGAACACAUUGCUGCAAGUUGAAGUAUCCCGUGGAAUACCUAUUGUGUCAGAGGCGCCUACUAUCAUCUUGGGCAUGGAUGUGUCACAUGGUCAACCUGGGCAGUCUGACAGACCUUCUAUUGCUGCGGUGGUGAGCUCUCGUGAGUGGCCUCUCAUCUCUAGAUACAGAGCAACAGUGCACACCCAGUCACCUAAACUAGAAAUGAUGUCCUCCCUGUUUAAACCACGUGGAACUGAAGAUGAUGGCCUCAUUCGGGAAUCACUGAUCGACUUCUACACUAGUUCUGGGAAGCGAAAACCAGACCAAGUUAUUAUUUUUAGGGACGGGGUAAGCGAAAGCCAGUUUACUCAGGUCAUAAACAUCGAGCUUGAGCAGAUCAUUGAGGCAUGCAAGUUCCUUGACGAGAAGUGGGAACCUAAGUUCACACUCAUUGUUGCCCAGAAGAACCAUCACACCAAGUUCUUUCAAACUGGAUCUCCAGAGAAUGUUCCUCCAGGGACUGUCGUGGAUAAGCAAGUCUGCCAUCCUAAGAAUUUCGACUUCUACAUGUGUGCACAUGCUGGCAUGAUAGGAACUUCGAGGCCAACACAUUACCAUGUUCUCCACGACGAGAUCUGCUUCACUGCCGAUGCGCUUCAGGAAUUUGUGCAUUCCCUCUCUUAUGUGUACCAGAGGAGCACAACGGCCAUAUCGAUCGUUGCUCCAAUAGCCUACGCUCACCUCGCGGCGGCCCAGGUGGGCACGUUCAUGAAAUUCGAGGACAUGUCGGAUGCGUCAUCGAGCCAGGGAGGAGGAGGGCACACGUCUGCGGGCAGCGUCUCAGUGCCGGAGCUGCCGCGGCUCCACGAGAAAGUGCGGAGCACCAUGUUCUUCUGCUGAUGCGCUCUCUCUUGAGAUGCUGCUGCUAUGGGGUUGUUGGACCUGUGUUUCGGCCUGUCUGUAUAAAAAGUUAAAAACCUAGCUUAGUUAAGCACCUUAAAACUUGUCACUAUGGGUGCCCGUAGAAGGAUCCAAUCGGUGUGUUGUCGCUUGGGACGGCAUGUCGUUAGCGUUGAACCUUGCAUGUGUGCGUUGGACUUAUCUAUCAAGUAUGUUUCUAGUACAA